CACACACAAAACGAGGUUCACUCAGUAAGCAAUAACUGUUACACUUUUUUUUAUUACUCCUAGCCGUUCACAUUUCUUUGUUUCUUUCCUCCCUACACUUUUUUCCAUCCCUGUCCUUUCUUAAUGCUCAUUGCUCACUACACUGCUACAGUUUCAGGUUUCUCUUGAUCCCUUCGAUUUUAUUACUCUUACCUACCCUUCAUUGCUCCCCAUUCCUACUUCCUACCUGUCUCUAACAAGGCUCAUGUCCCUUUCCUACCAACCUCUUUCACUUUCAAACUCCCUGCUUCCCCAUGCAACUUGGGUCUCCGUUUUUAUUUUGUUUUCCUCUCUCUGAAUCAUAAAGUUCACAUUUUUAUCUUAAGGGGUUAUUAAAAAUUGAGUCUUUUCUAUGAAUGAUUGGUCAAGUACUGUGAUUUAGAAAAUGGGUGCUACUAACUCAAGAGCUGAAAAGAAUGAAGCUUUAUGUAUGUGUAAAGAAAGAAAACGGUUCAUCAAGGUGGCUAUUGAUUCUAGAUAUGAUUUAGCUGCUUCACAUGUUUCUUACAUUCAAUCUCUUAGAAAUGUUGGUAUAGCUUUGAGAAGAUAUGCUGAAGCUGAGGUACUUGUUGAGUCUUCUUUGUCGAUUUCUGAUAAAACCCCUUCUCAAACUAGUUACCCUUCUCCUUCGUCGCCGUUGAAUGUUGCUGAGGUUGAGGUUUCAGAUUCACCUUUGCAUAAUGAAAGUCCUUUUUCAACACCUGCUCCUUCUCUUAGUUACAUGAGAUCAAGUGGUAGUGGUUCUGUUAUUGUUACAGUUGAUGCUUUUGGUAACAAGUACUUGGAUGAUGAAUCCAAUGUGGUUUCUCCUAUGCCUCCACCACCUCCGCCUCCUCCUCCACCUGAGUUAGGUGCAUCUUGGGAUUUCUUUGAUCCUGGUGAGGAUAGUGAGAGCUUUAGGUUUGUUGUGCAUGGUAGUGAGUUUAGAGAUUGCAGGGAUCAGUGGUUUCAACCUGGUUCAGAUGAUCAUUCAGUUGUUUCAAGGGGAGUUGAAGGUUGCAAACAAUUGGUUGAUGGAAAUGUGAGACAGUUAGAGGUGGUAACAGCGCCAGGUAGCGCUGAUGGUGACAUAAAUCUUGAUGUGGUUGACAAGGGUGGUGUUGGAAGGUCAUGUUCAAAGAAGGAGAAGAAGCAGAUGGAUGAGAACAAUGUGUGCACAGAAAGAGAGGAUCCUUCCGAGUUCAUCACUCAUAGAGCCAAAGAUUUUCUCUCCAGCAUAAAGGAUAUAGAGCAUAGGUUCAUUCGAGCUUCGGAAUCUGGUAGAGAUGUUUCAAGGCUGUUAGAGGCAAACAAAAUCAAAGUUGGAUUUUCUGAGGCAAAAGGGAAGUCAUCUACAAUCGCUUUGAUCACGUCCAUCCAGCCCAUUUGUUGCCGCAGAAAGACUUCACCUGUUUUCCAAGAACCUGCACAAAAAAUCAUAAGUUGGAAAAGGACAACAUCUUUUCAAUCAUCCUCAUCCAGGAACCCUUUGGCUUCAAAAUCAAGGGAAGAUAUUGAUGAUAGUGGAAGUGAUUUUGUUGAAGAAUUCUGCAUGAUUGCUGGAAGCCAUUCAUCCACCCUUGAUAGACUGUAUGCGUGGGAGCGAAAACUCUACGAUGAAGUAAAGGCUAGUGAAUCCAUCAGGAAGGUCUAUGAUCGGAAAUGUCACCAGCUCAGGCAUCAAUUUGCAAAAGACCAAGGCACUCAUGUGAUUGACAAGACCAGGGCAGUUGUGAAGGAUUUGCAUUCGCGGAUAAGAGUGGCUAUUUAUUCGGUCGAUUCAAUAUCUAAAAGAAUCGAAAAAAUGAGGGAUGAGGAGUUGUAUCCACAACUUCUGGAAUUAACAGAAGGAUUGGUCAAGAUGUGGAAGGCUAUGCUUGAAUGUCAUCAUGCACAAUACAUCACCAUCUCCUUGGCAUAUCAUUCAAGGAACACAACAGGAACCUUGCAAGGAGAUGCACGCAGAGAAAUAAUGACUCGUCUGCUAGAAGAAAUCGAGUUCUUUGGUCUGAGUUUUGCAAACUGGAUUAACAGCCACACCUCAUACGUGGAAGCUCUCAAUGGAUGGUUGCAACAUUGUAUACUUCAACCGAGGGAGCGUUCCAGGAACAGAAGACCGUUCUCCCCUCGCAGAGCUUUGGCUCCGCCUAUAUUUGUUCUCUGUCGGGAUUGGUGUGCUGGGAUCAAUGCUUUACCCUCUGAGGAACUUAGUGAUGCAAUAAGAAACUUUUUAUCAGAUCUUCACAAUCUGAUGGAGCAGCAACACGAUGAACUUCUUAAGAAGCAAAAUUCAGCUAAUGCAAGCACCCCAGAAAGUGAGAUCAAAACAAAUGAAGACAGUGGAGGUGAAUCUGCGGAUUUGUGUUGCAUACAUGCAAGUUUAACCAAGGUUCUUGAUCGGCUGACCAAAUAUUCUGAAGCAUCAUUGAAGAUGUAUGAGGAUAUCAGGCAGAAAAGUGAAGUGGCUCGAACUGCUUAUUAUAAUUGCAGAACUAUCAGGGGUGAAAAAUUUUAAUUCUCAACCACAGGUUUUAUGCCAUUAUGCCAUUGUAUGAUUGUAGUUCUGGAUUUAAAAUGUAUAUGAAAACACCUUAAAGAAAAAAACUGUGAACACACUUGGUGCUUGACUUGUUUGAAAAGGAAACUUGUAUGAUAAAGAUUGUUUGAAAUA